UUCCUCCCCUGAAUCAACCCACCAUGUCCGACGACAACGACAAUGAUCACCGUCCUCGAUGGACCCACAAAAACUCAUAUGAUCUUAACAGCAAGAUCAUGCUCGCCGCUAUCAUAUCUCUCUCAAUCGUUAUUCUCCUCGUCUUAGCCCUUCAUAUAUACGCAAGAUGGGCCCUUCGACGGCAAGCUCGCCGGCGAGCCAUUAUUUACAGACUUGCUCUGUCACCGGCGCCGCAAGUCAACUCCAGCGAGCCACCCAAAACCGGACUCGAUCAGGAAAUCAUCAACUCACUCCCCGUUAUCGUGUUCAAGAAAGCAGACGGGGAAGAUGAAUGCUCCGUCUGUUUGAGCGAGCUGGAGGAUGAAGAGAUGGCGAGGGUGUUGCCGAACUGCAACCACAGUUUCCACGUUGAUUGUAUUGAUAAAUGGUUGAGUUCGAACUCGACCUGCCCUAUUUGCCGGACCGAGGCCGAGCCACGGCUCCAGCCUGAGCCCAGGGAGGGUCCUGUAUGUGGUGCGCCCAGUGCUCCUCCUCUGGAACAGGCUACGUCAUGCAUGGAAGGAACGUCGUCGGGGAAGAUGGUUAGUGGGUCGAGCUCGCGGCUGAGUUCGUUUCGGAGGAUUCUGAGUAGGGAAAGAUCAUCGUCACGGAGAGUCCAGUCUUGUGGGGAAGAAGAUGGUAUGCGUGAUUUAGAAAGACAGUGA